AUGCAGCCCCGGCUGCUCCUUCUUGCUGCCUUCCUGGCACUCCUGGCCUUGCCCGAAACUACCAAGGCCGAGGAGGGAUCCCUGCUGGACAAGAUGCAGGGCUAUGUGAAGGAGGCCACCAAGACCGCCAAGGAUGCCCUGAGCAGUGUUCAGGAGUCCCAGGUGGCCCAGCAGGCCAGAGACUGGAUGACUGAGAGCUUCAGCUCCCUGAAAGACUACUGGAGCUCGUUCAAGGGCAAGUUCACUGACUUCUGGGAAUCUGCCUCCAAUCCCUCCAGUCCUGAGGCCGCCUGA